AUGAAAGCAGUCACUCGUUUACCAGCACUCCUGCUACUCAUGGGUAGCACUGUGUACGGCCAUCCUCAAGGCCGUGACUAUAGUCCACAGCAUGCCCACGAGGCCAGAGGCUCCCUUGCCGUUGCAGCUACCAACGGGUCCUCCAAUCCGCUUAUCUUCUAUGGCCGCUUCAUUUCCACUCCCGACCCAUCGACCUUGUCGAUACAACCCAACAUGGCCAUCCUCGUUACGACGAACGAUGGACGUGGAGUCAUCGCCGCGACAGCUCAGAAUGUCAGUCGACCUGAGGACGCAGCAGCAGCCCUCGGUGUCUCCACAUCCACUCAGAUCAUCACUCCGACCACCGAUAACAGCUUCUUCUUCCCUGGCUUCAUCGACACCCACAUCCACGCGCCUCAGUAUCCCAAUCUCGGUCUCUUCGCUGGAACUCUGCUCGACUGGCUCCAGAAAUACACCUUUCCCAUGGAGUCAUCGCUCAGCACUCUCAAAUCGCCACAAUAUGCCAACUGGACCGGAUCAAGCCCACCAAAUCCGUACGAACGCGCUCGGCGCGUGUACAACCGUGUCAUCGACUCAACUCUGAGCUUCGGCACAACUACUUGCGCCUACUACGCCACAAUUGACGUCCCCGCAACGAACCUGCUCGCUGAUCUGGCGUAUCAGAAGGGCCAGCGUGCACUGAUUGGCCGCACUUGCAUGGACAACCAACAGUACAACCCAGACUACUACCGCGACGAAUCGACCGAAGCAGCUAUCAACGCAACGUGGGCAGUAAUCAAUCAUGUUCAGGCGCUUGAUCCAAGCGGCGACCUGGUAGCACCAAUUAUCACUCCUCGCUUUGCACCUGCUUGCACCAACGAAUCCAUGAGCGCACUAGGCAAGAUCGCGGCCGAGAAGAACCUUCCCACCCAGAUGCAUAUUGAUGAAAACGUCCGCGAGGUUGCCCUGGUCGCGCAGAUGUAUCCUGAGCAAGACUCCUACGCCGCGACAUACGACGCUCAUGGCCUGCUCACCAACCGCACGAUCCUCGCGCACGCCGUGCACGUCACGGAUGCCGAGAUAGCACUCAUUGCUGCGAGGGGCUCAGGCGUCAGUCACUGUCCGGAUAGCAAUAGUGCACUUGGUUCCGGCAUUGCACCAGUACGAAAGAUGCGGGACGCUGGAAUCGCAGUUGGUCUCGGCACAGACGCAGCUGGUGGUUUCAGCCCGAGUCUGCUCGAUAAUGUCCGACAAGCGUUCCUUGUCAGUCAGUUGUUGUCUUUCCAAGAGGGUCAGAAUAGCAGCUUGAUCAUACCUGUGGCAGAGGCGUUAUACCUGGGCACGAUGGGCGGUGCCAAGGUCGUUGGUAUGGAGGGGCGCCUUGGUGGGUUCCAGAAGGGGAUGCUGUUUGAUGCACAGGAGAUCACGCUGGGGAGUGAUGCUGAUGAGGUUGGCGAUGUGGAUAUCUUUGGCUGGGAGAACUGGUCGGACAGGGUGAUGAAGUGGGUGUGGGGAGGAAAUGCGGAUAAUGUUAGCAGAGUAUGGGUGGGUGGUAGACUGGUUUCAUCAAAAGUAGUCUAG